ACGUGCCAUUCAUCAACACCAACCCACCCAACGGCGACGCGCCACUGCUACUCUGCUCCAGAGCCUUCAUUCCCAGGUGCCUGCUGUGCUCCUCCACCUCACGUCCUCACCUUUCUACCUCCCCUCCGACCCCCUGCGGCCAUGGACACCGCCGCCGCUGCCGCCUCGGCGCAGCGACGAUGGCUGCUGUGGGCCAGGCGCCAGGCCGCCGCGUACCUGGCCGCGGCAGGCGGGGGCGACGACGGGUGGGCGGCGUCCGCGGUGUCCGCGGUCCGCGUCGUCGUGUGCUUCCUGGCCAUGGCGAUCACCACGGCGGCGUGGGCGGUGAUCAUGCUGCUGCUCCUGCCGUGGCCCUCCCAACGCAUCCGCCAGAGCAACGUCUACGGCCACGUCACCGGACGCAUGCUGCUGUGGAUUCUGGGGAACCCAAUCAAAGUGGAAGGCGCCGAGCACCUCAAGACGAGGGGGAUCUUCAUCUGCAACCACGCGUCGCCGCUGGACAUCUUCCUCGUCAUGUGGCUCGCUCCCACUGGUACCGUCGGAAUCGCCAAAAAGGAGAUCAUCUGGUACCCGUUGUUCGGUCAGCUCUACGUGCUGGCUAACCACCUGCGCAUCGACCGCUCCAACCCUGCUGCUGCAAUCCACUCCAUGAAACAGGUCGCCCGUGCAGUGGUAAAGAACAACCUGUCCCUCAUCCUGUUCCCGGAGGGCACACGGUCCAAGAACGGCAGGCUGCUGCCCUUCAAGAAGGGGUUCGUGCACGCCGCGCUGCAGACGGGGCUGCCCGUCGUCCCCAUCGUGGUCACCGGCACGCACCUGGCCUGGAGGAACAACAGCGUGCGGGUGCGCCCGGCGCCGCUCACCGUCAAGGUCCUGCCGCCGAUCGGGACCGGCGGCUGGGAGGAGGCGCGGGUCGACGAGCACGUGGAGGCCGUGCGGUCGCUGUACGCCUGCAACCUCCCCGACUCGCAGAAGCCGCUCGACGCUCUGGCCGCCCGGAAGAGCGACUGAUUUGUCACCGCCCUGAUGAUGAUUCUUGCAAGCAGUGUUGAAUGUUGAUGAGUAUAUAUUCUUUCUGCACACAAAUAUGUUGAUGAGUAUAUAUUCUUUCUGCACACAAAUUGUCCUGGGGGGACGCAAAGCAAAAGUUUUUUGCACAGCAUAGGAAACUUCUGUGGAAAAUAUGUAACAUUUCAGCUGAAAUCCAUGUGUGUUAUUUGGUAAGGUGACAAAAAAAAA